AAUGAAGGAAAGAGGAGAUAGACGGGGAAGAAACAGAGCUGUAACGGCAUCUCGCUACCGGCGCUGCCAGUCGAUUAGUCGGAGGGAGCAGAUAUAUUGGAGCUGAAAAAGAAGGAAGCAUAUUGGUAAUUCUUUCAUCGAACGCCACAGAGAUCGGAGUCUUGCUCCGUCUGCCUUCACCUGCCGCCGCCUGAAUUCCACCACCUCGGUUUCGGCUGCUGGUGUGGCGCCCAGGGCUUUGGCUUAUCGACAGGGCGAAUAGAAAGAGUAGGAAAAAUAGAGACCUCUGGAACGAUUAAAGAGUUGAAUUGGACACUUGCUGCACGUCCACUCGCGAUCGAAUUAGCAGGUGAGAGGCGAAGCUGCUCGGAAAAAUCAGUAAAUGGGUCAAGCAGCAAAGAGAGGGGAGUAGAAGCUCUCAGGGGUUUGUUCGUGUCUUCCUCAAUCCACCUUCUCACUAUUCGGUUUGACUUUCAGGUUCCUGUGGUGACUCUCGACUAAAGCUUCUGGCGAGUUUAUCAAGUUGAUGGAGUUUGGGGUUGAUGAUGAUGAUGUCAAUGGAGAUAUAGAAAGAAAUAUUGAACUAGAUGAUGAUAGUCAAGAAGUAGGUGAUCAAAGUGAAAUUGGUGUUAACAACAUUAUAACUGGGGAAUUUCAGCAGGACCAGUGCAAGAAAUUGGAUCAAGAGUCUCCUGAUGAGCUCCAAGAUGGAUUUGCAGUUUCAGAUGCAGAUACUGCUGAUGAGCCAUAUGUGGGACAGGAAUUCGACUCUGAAGCAGCUGCACAUGCAUUUUAUAAUUCUUAUGCAACACAAGUGGGAUUCAUCAUCCGAGUGAGCAAGCUGUCUCGCUCUAGGAGGGAUGGUUCUGCCAUUGGUCGGGCGCUUGUUUGUAAUAAAGAGGGUUUUAGAAUGCCAGACAAGCGAGAGAAAAUUGUUAGACAGAGAGUGGAGACUAGGGUUGGUUGCAGGGCGAUGAUGUUGGUGAGGAGAGUAAAUUCUGGCAAGUGGAUGGUUACGAAGUUUGUGAAGGAGCAUACUCAUCCAUUGACGCCUGGCAGGGGCCGAAGAGAUUGCAUUUACGAUCAGUAUCCGAGGUUGACUGCUGAAACCAAUUUAGCGCAACUCAUAAUUAGGGUAUUCCAAGUUAGGGCUUCAGUAUCAAACUGAGGAAGAGUUAGUCACUUAGGCAUCAGGUCUUUGUAUGCAGCACUUGAACUAGUCAGAGUUGGUCAUUUCAGCACCAGCAAGCUGCCAUAUUGAUAUCCGUUGACUGUUUUUUGUCAACUGCAUUUUUUUGUGUUGCAGAAUGAACAUGAUAAAAUCCAGGAGUUGUCCCAGCAGUUGGCCGUGGAGAAGAAAAGAGCCGCGACCUACAAAAGACAUCUGGAACUGAUUUUCGAACAGAUCGAAGAGCACAA